AUUAACCAUCUUAUUUCUUAAAACAAUAUUUAUUUAUGAUUUAAACUCUGCAGACAGUAUAAAAGUUAAAGGUAUUAAUAAAUAAUAUAAUUAACAAUAACUAUAACAAUACUUGUUAACAUAAUUAAAUGUCAGGGAAGUGAUACUAUUUGUAUGGAAGGUAGCACGGAGAGAGAGGAUCGAAAUAUAAAACAAAUAUGGCGUCAGCUCCGUUUUCGUUGUUGCUUCGGCGAAGUUUUUGUAAACAAUUUAUGAGGAAAAGAACUCAAAUAGUUUCAGCUAUUUUUACGGAAAAUAAUCGGCUGACAAAUUCAUCUUGUCCUUGUUACUUUUACUGUACCCAAGUUCUGCUUAGAAGUGAUGUGACUGUGAAGUUUUCUGAUGGCCUUCCUGUUUUGUCUGUGCCUUUACCUUCCCGGCGUGAGCUCUGUGAAUUUACCUUGAAGCCAGUCAGUCACACUGUUGGCGAUUUGGUUCAUUUUAUUAAGGAUGAAGAUGGUGGUAUUGACAGAGCAAGUGUUUAUACAACAGAUGGUAACAGAAUUGCCAAGUCAACCACCAUUGAUGUUUUGUUACGGUCCGACUUCAAGCUGGUGAUAAACGAUGAAACGUACUUGGUCAGCCCUCCCAAAAUAAAACCAGUACUUCAUGAAGAUGCUGACACGCUCUCCGACGUGAAGAGUCUGAUUGCCCAGUUGUAUUCGACCCUCAAUGUGGAACACUACCAAAUAGAUUGUGAGAGGGAACUCCAGCAGAAACUGGAAGACCUCAAAGUUCAGCUGGCGCCGUUCGAAAAGAAGAAAGAGGAACUGGCCGCGAAUGCUCACCGUAACACUCGCCUGCUGACGUGGGUUGGCCUGGGACUUAUGAGUCUGCAGUUCGGCGUCCUCGCGCGACUCACUUGGUGGGAGUACUCCUGGGACAUCAUGGAACCCGUCACCUACUUCGUCACGUACGGAACCAGCAUGGCCAUGUACGCCUACUUCGUGCUCACACGCCAGGAAUAUAUUUUUCCUUCAGUAGUAGAACGGCAGUACUUGAUACAAUUCUACAAAAAGGCGAAGAAUCAGAAACUUGAUGUGGAGAAGUACAACGAAUUAAAGAACGCAAUAUCGCAGAUAGAACAUGAUUUACGGCGGCUUCGCGACCCACUGCAGCUCCACCUACCCAUUUCCGAAUUACCCAAAUUAACACAGAAAUGAUAGAACGCAAUGCUUAGUAUGAUAGACACAUAACUACUUGAUGUUACUGUUGAUCCAGAAAUGUUUACGGUUCAUUACAUUUAACAAAUUUGUGAUAUUGCUAAAUAUUUGUUAAAUUUAAUGAAAAUAGUUUUCAGGAAUUGUAUUUGUUAGUAGAUGGAGGGGUACGUCUUCUCCCUUUUGAUAUUCCAUUUAAGAUCAGAGCAGCUAAUGUGUAGUUCACUUAGAGGCACCCCUAUUUGAUAGAUUUAAAAAAAAAAUUUAAAUCAAUUACCUGCUAUAUUAUUCAUGGUGCACAGAGACUUUUCCACUCCUUUGGCUCCUGUAGACAAACAGCCAUUGUGAUCUCACUUUUGUGCCAAACAAAUCUUCCUGCGUAGGACUAACGACCAUUUUUUGGCAGGCCGCUCCAGUAGUCUUUAGAUUUGAUUUUUCGGCAAUGGCCGUUCCAGUGGUCUUCAGUUUAGAUUUUUCGGCAAUGGCCGCUCCAGUGGUCUUUAGUUUAGAUUUUUCGGCAAUGGCUAAUUUCCACAUCCACUCUCUUUAGUCUGCUCACAGACCUUGAGAUUGUUACAGGUCCAUUAAUUUCGAGCCCUGUUCAGCACCCUGUUGGGCUGAUUCUUGCAGACAUUUCUGGAUUUUCAGCAUCCCAAAACGAUGUAAAUUAUUGUGGAUCAUUGUUUGUUAAAACGUUAGUAAACUGGUCAACCAUGUGUCAUGGUGGCCGUGUAUCUGUUGGCCUUCAAGAACAUAGAUGCCUUGAUUGUCUGGUUGUGUGAGUAGUACAUGCAUGAGACCGAGCUAUAGAGCCAUAGUGUUUGUAUAUUUGCUGUUUUUAAAUUAUUAGAUGUAAACUGGAUAAGCUCUAAUAGAGUAAUAGUGAGGCCAUAUCAUCUUUACAUUGAAAACUGUAUCACCCAUUUACCUGCAAUGUUUUGAAAUGUGUAUGUGUACAAAUAGUAGAGACUGGGUUAGCGGAAGGCUUGGAGGAAUUACAGGAAGGAGGUUCGCUAAAGUGACAAACACUUGAACAUUUCUUAAGAUGUCUUCCUCACCCAAAAUGACCUUUGGUACAGAAGUAUUGACCCUAUAGAUGUAAGUUUUGCAUGUACAUUUUUCGAAAUGGUUUAAUUGAUUAAGUUAAUGUAUCUCCACCAUAUGUCACAUCACUGUGGUACUUGAACCAUUGUGCUAUGGUGUCAGAAUGAAGUACAACAUGACAGUUUCGUAAAAUAAUUUGAUCUGGCAUCAAAUUCUGCAAUCGCACCACUGGGUAAUAAACCGAGAUUAUUAUACGAGCUUGUGUGUCAUACUGAUUUUACGAAACGAGUGUCAGGAUUUUGGUAUUGCCCAAGCGAGAGCGAGGGUGAUACAUGAAUCCUGACAUGAGUUUCGUAAAAUCA